AUGGCACACACGGAAAUGGCACACACGGAACUGAACAGUAUGGACACAAAAAUAGCAAAGAUCGACACGAAACUUGAAAAUAUGAACACGAAACAGGAAAACAUGAACACGAAAAUAGAGAACUUGCACGCGAACGUGGAAGCGAAGUUCGAAGCGAUCAAUAAUGAAGUGAGAGGAAUGAAAAUGAGUUUAAAUGAAGUAAAAGAUGGCUUUGAUCAUUGGGAAGAAGCAGUACUUGAAAAGAUAGAGAGCAAAAAAAGAAAGCACGACGAAAUCACAAGAGAUGUAAGUGGCACAGCGAGUGGCGGGAGAGAAAAUCAACAUAUAUUUGUUGCUGGUGGUGUGGGGACAAACUCGGUAGAAAUAUUUAACAACCGUCAGAGAUUGUGGUCUUUAUUAAAGCUCAUGCCAGGGAAUCGUUGCGGCGCAUCUUCAUUUGUUUACAAUAAUCAUGUGACUGUAGCGGGAGGUUGGUAUCGUGCUGCUGUAGAUAACAUGAUCCGAAUGAACAUUCCCCCAGUCCCUGAUCUCGCAAUUUUCUGGAGUGAUUUUGCUGCCAAACUCCCUGCAAAGAUGCAUGCACACAGCAGUGUGGUGUACAAGGAUAGCUUGUUGGUUACUGGAGGUUAUAACGCAGAUCAAGGUGUCUACUCCGACUGUAUUCACGAAGUUCAACUUAAACCACCUCACACUGUUAAACAGGUAUUCAAGAUGCUUGAACCAAGAGUUCGUCACAGCACAGUACUGUGUGAUGAUAGUAUUUUGAUCGUUGGGGGAAAGAAAUCAUGGGACUGCGAAGACAACCUCAGCAGUGUGUUAAGCUAUAACAUCAAGAAGAAUGAAUGUCAACAGUUACCUGCGCUUCCCUAUCCAGUGAGUGAAAUGGCGACAGUGAAGUAG